AUGGUUGUAGGCGGCGGGCCUGGCGGGGACAACCUCGCCGCCUCCAACCCGUUCGACGAGCCGCCGGGGCCCAGGAGACCCCCAGCAGGUUACCAACAAGGAUACGGGUACGAAUAUGGAUCUCCCUAUCAGCCAAAUAGACCUGUUUAUCCAACGUACGGCCCCGAGGGAGAAAGGGGCUAUCGCGGCGGCUCCGGCGGCGAGUACCAGUACGCCGGCUACGGCGGCGCGUACCGGGGGGGCGCGCCCGGCGCCGCCACGCCGCCCCCCGCGCAGCCCUACCCCGAGUACUACCGCGCGCCGCACCCGCCGCACGGCCCGCACGCGCCGCACCAGCCGCACGCGCCGCACCAGCCGCACCAACCGCACCAGCCGCUGCAGCCGCAGCACCCGCAGCCGCACCCGCAGCAGCACCCGCCCCAUCCGCCCAUCUCGCCGCAGCAGCCACCGCAUGAGAUGGGCGCGGCGGGCGGCGCGGCGGGCGGUAGCUUAUUGAACUCGCAGCUGGCGCGGCAGCUGGUGGCGCCGCUGCCGCCCGGCCCCAGACCCUACUAUGGUGGCGCUAAGCAGCUAGGAGCGGGAGCUGUCGCAAGCGGAGGCGCACCUAGACGGCACCCUGACUUCGCGAAAGGAGAAGGUCAAUAUGGAGGGGCGGGGGCGGGUGGAGGGGCACCGGGGACCGGCGCUGGUGCAGGCGCCGCCCCUGGUGCCCCGGCACCUGCGCGGUUUGGGGGCGCCUGGGGAGGGGCGUACCCUCGCGCUCCGCAGCCUCCCGCACCCGCCGCACCCUGGCGACCGCAGCCAGGAGCACCACAACCUCAAUGGUCGCAUCCACCGUACCAGCCACCGCCUGGUGGUGCACCAGCAUGGGGCGGAGCUCCUCGGCCGCCGACGCAGGAUGGCACGUACUCCUCUUCCGCGGCACCCUCACUCAGUUCAGCGCCGACGUUAAAUGCUGCAGGGCAGUUAAAACGUGAGCUGACAUUCCCUGCCGAGUGCGUAGAGGCCGCAUUACCCUCCAGUGAAAAGCGCCGGCGUUUGACCAAGGCCGACGUAGCGCCCGUCGAUGCCUGGCGUAUUAUGAUGGCGCUCAAGUCCGGUCUACUCGCCGAGACCUGUUGGGCUUUAGACAUACUCAACAUACUUCUCUUCGAUGAUAACUGUAUAGGUUAUUUUGGGCUCCAGCAUAUGCCAGGACUCCUGGAUCUACUACUGGAGCAUUUUCACAAGAGCCUGAGUGAUGUAUUUGACUCUCCCUCUAACGACGAAGGACCUUGGUAUGCGCCGCCACCAAGCCCCGAACCCGUCGUAAAGCCUGUAAAAACGAAGAAAGAACCCCGCGAGCCACCUGACCCUGUUGACCGAGUGCGAGUUUUAUCAGGAGAAAAUUACACACUAGAGUCUCGUCGCCGACAUCCUGUCGUGUACAAACCUGACGAGGAGUUGUUUGCGGCCGACGACGAAGUCGAAGACUACGAGCGCGUGGAGGAUGUGCUCGAACCCUGGCAGUUUGGUGGAGACUCGGGUGGUGCGGCGCACGUCGUACCAUGCUUCCGAAGCGAGUUUCUGCACUUACCAUUCGUUCGUGUCAUGCCCGGCGCACGAGCACCCUCACCGCCCCCACCCGCCGUGCCUGAACCUCCACCUGAUCCGCCUGCUGCGCCGGCCCCUGCGGCGGAUCACGGUGAUAACCUGGCACCUGAACCUAUGGAGCUGGAACCUGAGAGGCGUCCCGUGCUGGCAGUGCGGGACCCAGCCGGCGUGCUGAAGCGGCGGCGUCUCGAAGAUUACGAAGAUGAGUGUUACACGCGCGACGAGCCCAGCCUCAACCUCGCCGACGAGUCACGGGACGCGCUGGCGCGCCGCUGCAUAGCUUUAUCAAACAUUCUGCGUGGCCUCACGUUUGUUCCCGGUAACGAGGCCGAAUUUUCGCGCUCGGGUGCAUUUCUGGCACUCGCAGGCAAGCUGCUCCUCCUUCACCAUGAACAUGCACCGCGCGCGGCGAGAGCGCGCGCCUACGAGCGAGCGGCGCGCGACGACUCCGAUGCGUCCGCCUGCUGCUCUUCGCUGCGAGGUGGCGCCGAAUGGUGGUGGGACGCGUUAGCGCAACUGCGCGAGGACGCGUUGGUCUGUUGCGCCAACAUCGCCGGCGGCGUCGAGCUCUCGGGGCAACCCGAGGCCGUGGCGCGGCCUCUCCUCGACGGGCUACUACACUGGGCGGUGUGCCCGGCCGCCGUCGCGGGAGACGCGCCCCCCGCGGCGGGGGCGGGCUCUCCACUUUCGCCGCGCCGCCUGGCGCUGGAAGCACUGUGUAAACUGUGCGUGACGGACGCCAAUGUAGACCUGGUGCUGGCCACGCCGCCCCGCGGCCGGAUCGCAGCGUUGUGCGCGGGGCUGGCGCGCGACCUGUGUCGACCGGAGCGGCCUGUAGUGCGCGAGUUCGCCGUGAACCUACUGCACUACCUCGCGGGCGCGGGCGGCGGCGCGGCGCGAGACGUGGCGUUGCACGCGCCUGCCGUGGCGCAGCUCGUGGCCUUCAUCGAGCGCGCAGAGCAGACGGCGCUGGGCGUGGCCAACCAGCACGGGGUGGCGGCGCUGCGCGACAACCCCGACGCGAUGGGCACGUCGCUGGACAUGCUGCGGCGGGCGGCCGCCACGCUGCUGCGCCUGGCGGAGCACCCCGAGAACCGGCCGCUGAUCCGGCGCCACGAGCGGCGCCUGCUGUCGCUGGUGAUGUCGCAGAUCCUGGACCAGAAGGUGGCGCACGAGCUGGCCGACGUGCUGUUCCACUGCUCGCAGGGCGCGCGGGACGCGGACGCGCCGCACGACUAG